AUGGCCCGCAAUGUUAUCUCCGUCCUUGCCCUCUUCUCCGCUCUAUCGGGGGCAAUUCCCUCAUCUCCCCACUGGGUGGACAUCUGGACGGCAAUGCCCCAGCUAACCGAAUCCGCCAAUCUACCCCCAGUGCCAUUUAACUCCACCCCCUCCAUCUUCCCCAACACCACCCUCCGCCAAACCCUCCGCCUCACCCAACCCGCCAGCACCAUCCGUCUCCGGCUCUCCAAUGCCUUCGGCACCACCGACCUCCCCAUCACAAACGUCAGCAUUGCUCUCCCUCCUAACAACACCCUCGGCAUAUCCUCCAUCCUCCCCAGCACCAUCACCCCACUCUCCUUCGAUGGAGAGCCCUCAAUCCUAAUUCCCCCGGGUAGUCUCGCCGUCUCGGACCCGAUCAACCUACCCCAGGAAACAAACACCACCCUAUCAAUAGAUCUCUACCUCGCAACCGGACAAACAGGCGAAGAUAUAACAUCGCACCCGGGCAGUCGAACAACAUCAUGGAUGACAUUUGGGGAACAGGUCGGUAACGAGAACUUAACCGGGACUGAUCUAGCGAGUGUGGAGCAUUGGUACUUCCUCUCCGCCAUCGAAGCCCUCCUCCCUGCACCAUACCACAGCUGCGCCAUCCUAGGCGAUAGUAUCACCGAUGGACGGGGAAGUGAUACGGAUGAGAAUAAUCGCUGGCCCGACCUCCUCCUCCCCAUCCUCCACCAUAACCCAACUCUCAACAAAAUCUCCCUCCUCAACCAAGCCGCCGGCGGCAACCGCAUCCUGCACGACGGCCUGGGCCCAAACCUCCUCUCGCGAAUUGACCGCGACGUGCUAGCCCACAGCGCCGUAACGCACGCGAUCGUCUUCGAAGGCGUUAAUGACAUCGGCACGGCAUCCAAUGAUACUACUACCCAACAGAUGACCGGCGAUAGGAUCAUCCGUGCGUACCGGCAGAUAAUCACCCGGUUACAUGCCGCCGGAAUCAAAGUCUUCGGGGCGACGAUCACGCCGUUUGGGACGCCGGCGAAUGCCACGGUUGUGCAGCCGUAUUCGGAUCCUGAGAGGGAGAGGACGAGGCAGAGGGUGAAUGGGUGGAUUCGGGGUGGGGAUCGGGACGCGGGGGGGUUUGAUGGGGUGGUGGAUUUUGAUGCGAUGGUGAGGAGUGAGUCGGAUCCGGGGGUGUUGAGGAGUGAGUUUGAUUCUGGGGAUCAUUUGCAUUUGAAUCCUAGGGGGUAUGAGGCUAUGGCGAGGGGGUUUCCGGUGGGGUUGUUUGAGUGAGUGGGUGCAGUUGACUAGUAGGUUAU